UGCAGCUCACACCUGCACCCCGCCCCGGCCCAGCACCAUGCCCGUCUGCCGCCUCUGCCCGCCUGCCGCCGGCCUCCUUGGCCUGCUGCUGCUCAGCCUCCUCAUGGCCCCAGGCACGAGAGCAGAUAAACCCGGCGUGUGUCCCGAGCUGGAGGCGGGUUCGAAGUGUACGCAGGAGUGCGUCUCGGACAGCGACUGCGCCGACAACCGCAAGUGCUGCCCGGCCGGCUGCAGCUCCCUCUGCUCCACGCCCAAUGAAAAGCCGGGCUCCUGCCCCAACGUGGACUUGCCCCAGCUGGGCAUCUGCGAGGACCAGUGCGAGAUAGACAGCCAGUGUCCUGGUAACAUGAAAUGCUGCCGCAAUGGCUGUGGGAAGGUAUCCUGUGUCACACCAAGAUUCUGAGCUUCAGCCACCAUCAACCUGAGGAACGGGAAGGGGAUGUUUCUGCUGGACCGUGCAUCUGAUGUCAUCCCUGCUGCCCGCCCCUCGCUCUAGCUUCUGCAUUUUUUCCUGGUCCCCAAAUAGCUUCUCCCUUUUCCAACCAAUAAAGUGAUUGCUUUCAGCAACUGAG